AUGACUACCAAGAUCGGAGUCUUUCCUGCAUCUGGCGGUCUUGGCACCAGCAUCGUGGACCACCUGUCUAAACAAGUUCCCGCCUCACAACUUGUUCUCGUAGCAAGAAAGCCCGAAAACCUUGUGAAGCUUCAAGGAGAGGGGGCAACCGUCCGCCACGCAGAUUAUGACCAACCCUCAACUUUGGAUACAGCAUUCGACGGCAUCGAUGUUCUAAUGCUGGUCUCAUAUGCAUCCUUUGAAAUCGAGCACCGCGUGAAAUCCCACCGUCUUGCUAUCGAUGCAGCCAUAAAAAGCGGCGUGAAGCACAUCUUCUACUCCUCCCUCGGAUUUGGUACCGGGUUAAGCGACAAGUCUGUCGCACAUGUUAUGGGCGCUCAUAUCGAGACAGAGAAGUAUUUGGCCUCAAACCAAGACAAAAUACCGUACACCUCUAUCCGUGAAGGACUAUACUCCGAGUCCUUCCCGAUCUACACCGCUUGGUUCGAUCCUCAAAACCCAGUCGACGAAAUCACCAUUCCUCACUCCGGCAGUGGACCGGGUGUUGCCUGGGUGAAGCGCGACGAACUAGGCGAAGCUACCGCGAAUCUCAUUGUUGCACACGUCAAUGAUCCGGUGAAGUUCAAGUAUCGGAACCAGGUGGUUCUGCUAUCCGGUCCGCGCGAGAUUUCACUAGCGGAGACGAUCGACAUUAUCGGGCGGACAAUCGGCAAGCCGCUUUCCAUUCGCGAAAUCUCGGUGGAUGAAUAUGUUCGGCUUCCUCAGAUCGGCGAUAAGCAUACAUACAAAGAUGUCGAUCUAUCUAGGGAGUGGGCUACUGCUUGGCAGGCGAUCAAGAAUGGUGAAACUGCCGUUGUGUCACCGGCUCUUGGGGAAAUAUUGGGACGUGAGCCUGAGGCGUAUGAGAAGAAUAUCAAGGAGUUGAUUGGUUGA